AUGACGUUCCUCAGGGUGGCCGUGUUUGCCCUCGUUCUACACGUGGCGUUAGUUCGAGCCGGUUAUGGAUGUACCGGUUGCCGCAGGGCGUCAGGAUGUGUCUGGAAUAUGUCUGGGAUGUCCAGCGAGAUGCUAACUCAGGCUAGCUGGGGAGAAGGAGGAAGCUCUCCCCGUGGCUUGGGUGGUGGCUUGGGUGGCGGCUACGGAGUCAGCGGCGGAGGCGGCGGAGGAGGCUUAUUGGGUGGCGGUGGCAGUUCUGCCGCCGGUCUCAUUGGCGCUGGCAUGGCGGGCGCUGGCCUUGGCAUUGGCUUGGGUGCUGCUUUGGGUGCUGCUGGCUCUCGCAGUGGUCAUAGUGGUGGCUCUGGCAGUGCACUAGGCACCGGACUUGGCACCGGACUUGGCACCGGACUUGGCACCGGACUUGGCACCGGACUUGGUGGCGCACAUGGUGGCGCACUUGGCGGUCGACUUGGCAGUGGACUUGGUGGUGUCUUUGGAGGGCACUCAGGUGGAGGCGCCAGCAUUGGUGGCAUUGGCGGCAGUGCCGGCCUUCGCCCCGGUGUUGGCCUUGGCACCAGUGGUAGCCUUGGCGCUGGUGCUAGCCCUGGCCCCGGUGUUGGCCUUGGUCCCAGUGUUGGCCUUGGUGCUGGUGGUAGCCUUGGCCCCAGUGUUGGCCUUGGUGCUGGUGGCAUUGGAGUCGGUGCUCCUAGCGCUGGUCUUGGCGUUGGUCUUGGAGGUGCGGGCGUCAGCACUGGUGGAAUUGGCGGUAGUGGCGGCCUUGGCCCCGGUGUUGGCCUUGGCACCGGUGUUGGGGUUGGUCCAAGUGGUAGCCUUGGCACCAGUGGUAGCGUUGGCACCAGUGGUGUUGGAGUCGGCGUUCCUGCCAUUGGUCUGGGCAGUGGUCUUGGAGGUAGCUUGGUGGGGUUAACCUCGGAGGAGCAGGUGGAGCAGCAGGCCGUGGGCCUGGCGGCCUGG